AUGGCCUCCUCUUGCAGCACCUUCUCACUAGCCCCUUCGCUUCCUAUGAAAAUCGUUCCAUACGUUCCCUCAGCGCGCAAACACAAGCCAAAACCUAAGGCUAAUGCAAAGGCGACAACUAGGACGGCAGGGUAUAACAUUUCCGAAGCCAACUCCUACAAAGAUAGUGGAGAGUGGUUCGACAUCAAUGAUUUCCCAAUGCCGGAUUCUAACGCAUCGCGCUCUUUCAAUCCGGGAGUACUUGCUCCGCUCAGAGAUGCAGACCCCUCCGGUUCGCUAGAUCAAGCGAUAGAAUUUCCUUUAAUUGUAGAGAGUGACGCAGCUGAAGGAAACCAUAGUGCAACGCACGUUGAGCCUAGCAACGGAGCGUCUGACUAUCAAGAGAACGGUUACCGUGCGGCUGCCGGCAGCGAAGGAUACCGUGCCGGACAGGAUGGCCAUCUCGACGCAGAUGGAGUGCGCGCUUUCUCCGUAGAGGAUAUGGAAAGUAUUCGUCAUGACAGCCUGCUAGCGCAGGACAAUCCACUCUUUGGCGAUGUCAGCGUAACAGACGGACCAUCAGCAACACGCAAAGGAACGCACUCUUCAUCUGUUGAUACGAUGAUCAUCUCCCCGGCUGCAGUGCCGGACGUUACGCCAGAACCAGAGCUGGAAGACCCCCGUUCGGGUUUCCAGUUCUAGAGCCAGCAACGAGCUUACUCCUGGGCCUCUCGACAGUGACAGUAAAGGCGAUGGUGCUGGAACCCCACACCCGCCCCCAAGCGACCUCCAGGGUGAAGAGGAUGGCGGUGAUAGCGCACACAGUCGUAGGACAGACGAGGAGCUACUGCAUUCCUCGAAGCGAUCCAUCUCUCCUGUCAAAGGAAUAGAAGGCGAACAAGAUAUCCGUCCGGGCUCGGACAGGCGUGAGGAGAACAGGGAAGGCAGUGGUGGAGAAGAUGGGGAAAGUCACGAGGACGAACUUAAUUAGGUC